CGCCGAUAUGGUAGUCAGAAGCAUAGGAAAUUCGCUCAUGGUAAUCAUACCGGAUUUACUGUCCAAAAAGAUCAACGAUUGGUUCGAGUUGAGGCGGCCGUUGAUAGCAUUCAAGUUUCAGACGAUUCUCAACCGCACAAAUAACAUCUUCGAGCUAGUCACUUCGGAAGCCGUCAAGAAGCGUCCGGAAAAUCAACGAAAGACUGAAAUAUUUCUGAGCGAGCAGGAACAGGAGGAAGAGGUCGAGAAGCAUCUGCGACUGAAAGGUCAAAUGAUCUACAUGGAAAACUGGCGGAUGAUCAUGUUUCUGGGCACGCCAGUGAUGCCGAAGCUGACAUCGCUCAUCAGCACCGGGCUGUACAUAAACGAUUUGUCGAUGCAUGAUUUUAGCAGGGACCUUAUGUUAGCUGGUACCCAGCAAUCGGUGGAGCUAAAGUUGGCGCUGGACCAAGAGCAGCAAAAAUCGAAGAAGCUGGAAGAAUCGAUGCGGAAGCUAGACGAAGAGAUGCGGCGUACCGAUGAACUGCUGUACCAGAUGAUACCGAAACAGGUUGCUGAUCGAUUGCGAAGAGGAGAGAACCCUAUCGAUACCUGCGAAAUGUUCAACAGUGUCUCGAUUUUGUUUUCGGAUGUGGUAACGUUUACAGAAAUUUGCAGCAGAAUUACCCCAAUGGAGGUGGUCUCGAUGCUGAACGCAAUGUACUCAAUAUUUGACAAUUUGACCGAGAGGAACAAUGUAUAUAAGGUUGAAACCAUAGGUGACGCAUACAUGGUGGUUUCGGGAGCCCCGGAAAAAGAGCAAAACCACGCGGAAAAGGUUUGCGACAUGGCUUUGGAUAUGAUUGAAGCAAUCACCGAUUUGAAAGAUCCCUCGACAGGAUCCCAUCUGCGGAUACGGGUUGGUGUCCAUUCGGGUGCUGUUGUAGCAGGUAUUGUUGGACUUAAAAUGCCCCGGUAUUGCUUGUUUGGUGAUUCCGUGAAUACGGCUUCACGGAUGGAAUCGACGGGACAAGCUAUGAAGAUUCACAUAUCACAAACGACGAGACACUUCUUGCCUUCAAAUUAUCACGUUUCUGAACGAGGAGAGAUCGAGGUCAAAGGAAAGGGAGCGAUGAAAACUUAUUGGUUGGAGCAUAAAGAAGACCGGGAACCUUUACAGUUAGCAUCUGAGGUAGUGAAGACACCUUCCAUCGAAUACGCCGAAUCCAACAAAGAUCGACGAGUUAGCAUAUCCACCUACAAUAUUCAGCUUAAGCAAUCGAGUGGAGGGUUAAGUUCUGCUGGCACGGAAGACCGGAGGGUAUAUUCUCCCGUAACCUUCGACGAUGUGGCCCGACGCAGUACAGCUAACUCACCUGUUAAGCUACACAGUUUUGGACCUCGUGGCAGAGAGAACCGUUCCAAUUCUACCGGGCAUGCUUUCAUGCACAGUGUGUCGGAUGUGUUCGGCUCCCUGGUGAGCGAUACGGAAGAGUUCCUGGAAGACCUUCAACAUCGCAACUCACUAAGCAAUACGCAAUACACUCCAUCCACUCCGUCCUCAUGCGCGUUUAGUCCUCCGCCCGGGUUUCGAUCAAAAUCGAAAUCGUUUAUACCAGGACAGUUUACUCAAGAGGAGCUGGAUCUUCUCUCGAACACAACGAAUUCUCCAUCAGCACAAAGUUCGAUAGACCAAAACGUCCAACCAGAGCUACCAAAGAAAUCAAAUCUGGUGAACAGGUCUCAGCACCCAACUUCUUCAACGUAUGAGCAGCAACGUGCAAAGAUGCGAAAAGCCAAGCUGGAUAGUGUUCAACAGAAGCAAAACGAAGCACUGAAGAAGCUGGACAAAAUGGUUCAGGACAUCUACGAUACCGACCUGCCGGGAAUGUGCUUCAUGAAUCCACCAGGGUCCCGGUCCGAUAGUAACAUUUGCAAGAACAACUGCAGUAGUAACAACGUAUCAAGCACCUCAACCGCUUGUAGAUCCCAAGCACCUGCGGCACCUCAGCAAUCGACGGCAACUCAGCCGCAGCCCGGUUGUGAGCAUACUCGAUCCCUGCCGCAGCACUGCUGUACCGGCUGUGGUACGGGAUCCCAAAACGCUGGUGGAGCCGGCCCCACCAAGUUGCCGCAAAGUGUUAGCUUCACCCACGCGAAAGAGCACAAAUGUUGUCCGGGCUACGGGGCAGCCAUGGCGCAUCACCAGAAUGGUCGACACCACAAAGUGCACUCCAAUGCUUGUCAGAUUCUCUAGAAUCGUCUUAGAACCUAGCGACAGCCUUAGGCUGGGAACAUGUGUGCCCGUUCCAGAGCUAUCUGAGACUAGAGAAGUGGUAUUGUUGGGUCGAGUGGGUCUUGAAAUUACACCAAGCAUGGCCUACUGGAUGCAAUAGUUGUCCGCCAAGAAGGGCACACAUGUUCUUAUUUAUUAGUGUUAAGAAAACAUACCAAAGUCUGUUUUAGCCAGUUUUCUUUUGUAGUCAGCUUGUCCAUUCGAGUAAUGUCGGAAAACCAGUGAAGCACAAAGGGUUCUGAUAAAGUUUAUUUUUUUAUGGUUUUUUAAGUAGUGCUAGAAACUAAUACUAAUGCACAAAGUUUAAGGGAUGGAAAAGCAAAGAUAUACGAUCCGUUACUUCAGGUGCGACUUCGUUGAAACUUCGUUGAGGGUUGACAAACUUCGCUUUUAUCUUUCAACUAUUCAGAACGUGUUUGGAUUGCCAAGAAGGUAAGACCCAUAGCUUUUUUAAAUCUUACAUCGUAAGCAACUCAAUGUGAGGAAAUCAGGCCGAAAUUUUAGUGACAUGACAAGUACUAUGUCAUAGUAACUCCAAAACCGUUUUUUUACAAGAUGUAAAUUUGAUUUUAAACCAUAACAGCCGGGUGUUUGUUGCCGUGAGUGGGCUCGUCCCACUAAAACCACCUUGGGCUUCGUGUGCCAGAUGUGCCCCUUGGUUUCACUCUAUGAUACUACAUCAAGGGGUAGGCUGUGCUCAUGCACUUAUACAUCUCACCCUUUUCCUCUUUCUCAAUUUUGGUGUUUCUCCUUGAUCUUCGUUCUGCAUUAUCCUCUUUCUCCUUUUUCCUCCUUCUCCUUUUCCUCUACCGCUUCAGACUGGUACGGAAGACCCCGAGGCGAGUGUCGGUUAGGUAACGCUUUCAUAGUAACUCACGCCCGUCACAGCAUCCACUACCCCGGGGACCUCGAAACGCGUGCCGGUUAGGAAACCCUUUCAAAGUAACUUGCGCCCGUCACAGCAACCACUCCCGCAGAAUUUCUUACCACCAAGGCAUGGCCGGUUGAGAGACUACCAAGCUAGAAUCCCGUCACGACCACCCCGAAUGGUAUCUCCGCUUCCUUUUGCUGCAGGAAAGAUCGUAGCUGAGUACGUGAGACCUUUUAAGUCCCACCACACGUAUGAGUCCAGAUAAGGGUUAUACCGCGCCCUAAGAUCGCGUUGCUUUUGAAUUGAAGUGUCAUACGAGGCCCAAGACCUUCCAUUAGCUUGUCAAAUUUGGUUGACUAUCUCGCUCUCUACGUUCAUCAUCUUUCCUGAUUCUUAUCAGAUCGCGCAUGAUUUGCAUAAUUUCGUCGACUAUAGCACGCCACGACUGUUCGUCGCGACACAUUUCACUCACUAUGUUUUCAGCGUUCAAAUUUAGAAGUUGUUGACGCCUAGAAAUGAACCUGGGACAGACAAAGAUAGCUUGUUCUGCCGAUUCCUUCGUAUCUACGCAUUCCGGGCAAUAAGGCGAGCUGAUAAGCUUAAACCGAUGAAGCUAUUGCUUAAAGCAUGUAACAUAUACUUGUGAAAGUCUAUCAAAACCUCAAGCGAUCCUACAAGCAUUCCCAGUCUCUGAAAAUUGCCAAGCUACGAGACGUCAGGUAGAACUUGGCAGCUAAAAUGUGAUCAGGUUUGGAUUCGGCAUUAAAUGACGAAACCAAAGAGAACGGAAACAAAACAGAUUAAACGAUGAUCCGCGCGGCGCGUCGUAUGAUGGGUUAUGGAGCCCUAGCCAAGAAGGUCUCGUCCAUUUCGAGCUUGACCACACAGCGAGCAACAGUUCUGUUAGUAGUGCUGUAAACAAAGAAAAACGUGCUUAAGUAGUGAUCAGCAUCUCGUGAGUUUACUGAGUCGUGUACCAGGAUAUGUAAGCCUAAUAAUCUUGUUUUGUUUAGGCUUUUAUUACGACAAUUAGGUCCAGCUUGUUUUGAUAAAACAAGAAAAGAAAAAACAAAAAUCAGAUAAACGUUAAUACCUAAAAGCACUUUACAUGAUUGUAAUGCAAUUGUAUUUUUGUUAACUGAACCUCGAAGGUUUCCCUUCGAGAAGGGACCUCCCCUCGGAACACGGACGACUGAAGUGCGACAUCCCUAAUUUGAAGGCACUAGAAGUGAUUUCCUUGUCGUGCAACAUCGCCGACCGCGAGAAGUUGCGGGUAGCCGUAAUUAAAUCGCGGUGUCGUCGUGACUAAACCCUCCAUGUUAGGGUGGUGUAUCAGUUUCAUCGAUUCGCCUACCUCAACUUCAUAGCCUCGACACCAACAGUAACUAAAGCGGUGUAGCAUCGGCUACGAAUGAACUCACCUACCUGUUACCGAUGCCGGGCGCCGGUGUCGCUCACUAAUAAGCAGUUAACACCUGGAAUUUUGGAAUCUUGGAACCUGGGAAGAACAACAACAAGCAUGCGCAUGCCAACGGAAAACUGUAAGGUUAGAUAGAAAUAAGCACCAAUGUAAAUACUGACACCCUCCCAAAAGUAAAUUGAAUGCCGAACCAAUAUUGUAUACACAGAAAUCUGCUUGUUGUGGUGAUUUUGAGUGCCGAGGUUUUCUUGGCCGGUUUUUCGAUUUCGUUUUUAGUAUAGGCUCUGGUGAGGAAAACCUUCAAAGGACACCUCAUCACCCUUUGAUUGUUGAAGAUUUUGCUUUGGAUUGUCGUUUGGUUCGGAUUGCUUCGGUUUUCGACCAGAGCACAUUUUUCUGGUCGGGACUAGCCCUGAGGUCUCUUACCUGGGUACGGGUUUUCUACAGGGACAAAUUGCGACACCACGGUGCUUUCGAGUACCUGGUGCGUGCAUGAAGUGGUGGUUCGCUUAAGGGAUUGCCUCCUACUACCUUCCCCCCCGUUAUAAGCACCUAUGACCCGAGAGGAACUGCGUCAGGUAAAAGUUGACCUCUCCAUACAUCCAAUUCAUCAAGUCUGAAAGUCGCGGGAUUAGCCUAAGCGUCCAUCUUGCGUUGUUCGAUGCGUCCAAUUUCUCCUGCCACUUAAGCAUUGACUCUGCUCGUGCUCGGACAUCGUUACAAGGUCUUCUAGCUCCUCGAUUGUUUCGUCGGUGAUCAUGAGCACGAAUACGUCAGCAAAUUCUACUACCUGCGCGCCUGCUGGUAGUUUCAGCGUUAACACCUCAUUAUGCAUGACGUUCCAAAGCACAGGUCCGAGUAUGGAACCCUGUGGAACAUCUGCUAUUAGGGCAGUAGAUCGUAAUCCAGUUUCGGUUUCGUACGUCAGGACAUCUUGUGAAGCGCUUUGGCAAUAGUUUUCCAGUUGGCAUUGUUGAAGGCAUUCUUAAUGUCGAUCGUCACAAUGCCGCAGUGACGAACACCUGUACUGACAAUGCUACUCUGACUUGAACGCGCUCGAUAUCUGAGAGCGAUAAACAAGCGCCACGAGGCGCGUUUGUUGCUGACACAUCCUUCCAGGUCCCUUUUGGUAACCGGUUCAGCCCAAUACCGCCGGGAAUAAUACGCUGAUAAUCUGCAUGGAGGGUUGAUCGACUUGUGCGUACACAUCUUAACGGGGAUUCAUCGUUUGAAAGCAAGUUUCUGGCUCGACACGUCAUUCCGCACUCGCUUAUACCGAUCGAAGUGGUAUCGUGUUCCUCGUGUAGAGACCAUCAAAAGCAGCUGCUGGGAGCGAUGGAAAUGAAAGACAAAAGUACUAAGGACAUAUCCUAAUGAAUUGGUUGCUGGUUACUGUUGGUUUUCCCAAGGUUGCUAGAAAAGUUCCGUCGAAACCAAACUCCUGGAAUGUAGAUCGUGACUGAGUUUUAGAUUUUCGCUCGUUGUGUAGUGGUUUUGCCCUAGAGCAAGAUGGUCUGUUGUUCCAGUUCCCGGCCUUACGUCCGAAUGCGGCGGAAUAAUCUAUCAAAUGUUCCGAGUACAAUUAGCGCGUGGUCAUUUUUUUAAGUUUUGUCACUCUCCAGUAGCCGUUGAUGGCACAGUUGAUCCGACUCCAUCCGGAAUCAAAGUGAACUGGUUUACCUUGCAGCCUUUUUUUCGGUCCUAUAGUUUCUCCGAUGCAUGGAGCGAAUUUCGCCAAAACGGUUCCGCAAAACAACACCGAACGCCACACUUUUGUCUGUUUUUCUCCACACUGUAUCAAGUAGUUUUUUUGUCUAUUUAUUUAUAUUUUUGACGUUUGUGUCGAGCGAGGGGUGUCUCGAAUUGCAGUAUCCCGGAUCGAAAAAUCGGUCCAAAAUCGGUCCAAAAUCGGUCGAGAUUUGGUCCGUUCAACCCGUGAACCGAUCCGAAAACAGACUAGAAAACAAACAAAAUUCGGAUCAAUACAGUGCCCUGGUCACACAACUUUCGUGACGACGAUAAGUUUUUGCGAGUGAGCUGUCAAAACAACCAGGCCUUUUCCAGACCAAAAUCUGUCAGUUUUUCGAUCGAAAUCCGUCAGUUUUCCAACCGAAAUCGGUCCGUUUUCCGACCAAAAUCAACUGACGACAGAAUCCGAACGUGCUGCUAGUGCUGCCAUUUAUACAGUUGCUUAUAUUGAUUUUAAAAAAUGUCAUAAAUGAAAAAGAGGAGGAGGAGCGAAUGCUAUACACAGAAAAAAAUUUUGACUAUUACGUCUCACUGAAACUGAAACCUUUAAAAUAAAUCAACAUGUAAUUAACAAAACCUGUAAUUUUAAAUUGUUUUCCUUGAAAGUUAACGUAGAUUCAUUGAUUAUUACAGCAAAUGUCCUGUAAAAAAGUUG